CAACUACAGCGACGUCCCCGAGAAAUUCUAUACCUCCGUGGGAAUAUUACGCAAAACCGGUUGCAUUAAUAUCCCAGUUCGUUCAAAUUUCUUCUGACACGCCCACCACCAAGUUAGUUCAGGAGUGAGACGCUGUGAGACCAAACGGCUUCAAAAAGAUGGCAGAAGUUGUACACAUGAUUGACAGCGAGGUUUUCCUGGCCUUCUCCACAUAUGCAACCAUAGUCGUCCUCAAAAUGAUGCUCAUGAGCUUAAUGACCUCAUACUUUCGCUUGACUAAACAGGUUUUUUCAAACCUGGAGGACACCUCCUUGGCGAAGACCACAGAAGACAGGAAGAAGCUGGUCAGGGUUGAUCCCGAUGUGGAAAGAGUGCGACGGUGCCAUCUGAAUGACCUGGAAAACAUUGUUCCCUUUGUGGUGAUCGGUCUUCUGUAUGCACUCACCGGGCCUGAUCUCUCCACAGCUCUUUUGCACUUCCGGGUGUUUGUAGGGUCACGUUUCAUCCACACAGUUGCCUAUGUGAUGGCUCUGCCCCAGCCUACCAGAGGGCUUGCCUUUGGUGUGGGGCUGUUCACAACUUUUUCUAUGGCUUACCGGGUGCUCACCACAGCGCUUUUUCUCUAAUGGAUAACAUUAACUUCAUUAAAAACCAUUUAGUUUGAGCCGACAUGCUUUUUUACAAUGUUGCGUGAAAUAAAUUUGUUUAGGAACAAUUCUAA